AUGAUCAACAGCCUUUUCGUCAUAAAUAAUGUUGGGUAGGUAUCGUUUGAAACUUGAAAUUCAAUGGUCAAUUAACCUCUCCAAGAUCUAGCCCAUCGCUGCAUUAAUUUUAAGUAACUUUUUAUUAAAUUGUAACCUUACAUUUUUGUCAUCUCAAAGGGACAUUUUCGUUGAAAAACAUUGGAAAAGUGUGAUUGGUCGGUCUGUCUGCGAUCAUUUCUUUGAAGCUUUGUCCAAGGUGAGGUAUACCUUUUGUUUUACAUAUUAUUUUCUGUCCAAUUUAUAGCCAUGCACUUUAUAAUAUUUUAUUUUUACGUGUGUCGUUGUAAAAUUAAACUGAAGCUUACUUGCAUGUCAGUGGACUCAGGUCCUGCAGGUUUAAUUUCUUGUAUUUUUUUCUGUUAUUAUAUUCGUUUUUUAUGGUCCUGUAGUGAUUUUAUUACAAAUAGUUACGGUGAAUCAUGAGUCUCUGUCCAUAACCAAUGAGUCCAAAUUGGGCCUUAUGUAACCAGACAGUAAAUCUUGAGACAGACUCCAAAACUCUUUAAAUUACAGUUUACUGAAAUUAAAAUAUAGUCCUGUAUAUUCAAAGCACAAAAAAGACUUAAUAAAUAUGCAGCCACAGAAAUCACACAAACAGGAUAUUCUGCCAAAAAUCUUAAAAUCAAUUGAUCAUUCUUUGCAUCUUAUGGGACACAUGCCAUGAUAUAUUUUGUGUCUGUGGGAAUUUUUAUGCAUCAGGGACGCAGGAUGCAGAGGUCACAAAAUCACUGGUUUGUUAAAAUUUUCUGAAUUUCUUCUUCAAUGAUUAAAAAAAGAAAAAACUUCAGGAGCAUCAAUGAGGCCCCCGCAGAGGGGGGACGUCCCUAUUCUGAAUUUCAAAACUAGUCAUUUGCCAUAUCAAGGAGGUCACCAUGGUCCUGUUAGUGUUGAAUAUUGUAUUCAUGAUUAUUCUUGUUGCUGUUGCAGUUUCAACCUACCGUUAUGUUGCAUGUUGCCAUUAUGGCGCUCUUUCAAGGCCACAUUUGCUUGUCAGAAUUUUACCCUAAAAGGCACGGUUAUUCAAAUGAUGAUCAACUCUAUCCACUGGAUAAAUCACUAUUCAGCAGAUAAGUAUUAGGGAGACCAAUUGCAUUGUCUGCUGGUUAGAGAUUUAUCCAGUUGAUAGCAUUAUCCAACAUUUGAUCAACUGGAGCCAGGGCCUUAUCAGCUGUAUGCAAAUUUAAUCCUUUCUGCUCUGCAUUUUUUUGUAAGAGCUGAUUUACCGUAUUUUAUUCCAUUAACUGCCCUGGGCGCUUAUUAAAUUUUUGGACCUUGAGAGUGGGAGCUUAUUCGAGGUGGGUGCUUAUUCGAGGCUGGGCGCUUAUUAAAUUUUCACUAUUUUCAGAAAGUGAAGUAUGUUUAUUUUGCUACAAAACAAUAAAUGCUAAUGACAAAACGCAAAGAAGUAACAAAGCAAGGUUUCUGUAAAAUACUCUGAAGAAAACUCCGACCUCUGGGAAGUCUCUUAUUAGAAUUUAUUCACUCAAGUGGGUGGGGUGGGGGUGAAUGCUUAUUUGAGUUUGAUUGAGAAGGGGAGGGGGUGGGUGCUUAUUCCAAGCUGAGCGCUUAUUAACUUUUUCUACCUUUAGGAUGGGCGCUUAUAUGAGGUGGGCGCUAAUUCAAGGUUGGGCACGUAUUCGAAUAAAUACGGUAAUUAUUGUAGACAUAUGUUUUUCGCCAGGCAAAUUCACCAGAAGAUGUGCCACCAGUAAUUGCUGCUCCUCAUCAUUACCUGAUAAGUAUCUACAGGAAUGAGCUGUUCUUCCUAGCAGUUGUACAGACAGAAGGUACAAGUUUAACAAUAGUUUUAACAGGGCUGUUUUUAAGACUUAAAGCUGAAGGUUGUGUGAAAUUAGUAUGCAGGGAAUUGAACAGCUAGGAAGUUCUUUUAGUUCUGUUUCCUUUUCUCUCCUUAUGAAAGUAUCCAAGGGUUAUGCUCAUAGUGUGUGUAUGUGUUCUGCCGACAGGCAGGUCCUUCCUCUAUAUAGUUCCUGAUCUAAGGUGCACCUCUUGGCGGCUGUAUAAGGGCUGUCUUCCUUCACUUUAUCCAGCAUUCCUGCUCGAGACCUUCCAGGUGGUCUCUUUCUUAUUAAUCUCCCCUCAAUAACUAAAGAUAACCGUGCCAAAGGGAAUGACCAAUACUGUCAGACCAAGACCAAGAUAUGUUUAAGUCCUUCCCCCAAAGCCACAUCUCACAGCUCUUCAGCCUUUGCUCAUAGUUGCCGGAGGAAAUUUUGUGCUUCCUCCAAUUCCAAAUACAUCCAUUACUACAUACAGGGCACUAGGGGACUACCCAAAAUGUGAAGAUUAACUGGUUGCUUACAUGAGGUGAUAUCUAGCUUGCAGAGCAGGCAUUUUUUAACGGAAACUUAGACAUACAUUGAUCGCGGCGGCCAUCUUGAAAAGCCAAGGAGAAGAGUAAGGGAGGAGGGGCAAGAAAGGGGGGAGGGAACCUCUCCCUUAAAAUCAGUUAUUGACUUGUCUCAACUCUCUGGUAGUAUUAACCUCCAAGUUGGGGGGAUAAUGUUAUUAUUCCUGAAAAAACAAUCAUGGAUUGCGCUGCACAAUACGCCUGCUUUGCAGGCUAGGUGGUAUCUUACAAGAAUCUAACCAAAGGUGGUCUUGUCCGAGAAGAGUUCCAGACAAAUCUACUUUUUGUGAGAGAAUUUAGGAUAAAUGACUGCACGUAAUUUUCUAAGUUACUUUACGUGUAACUAACAAUGUUUUCAAUGAAAGUUCUUCGUAAAGUAUGAGUAGCAAACCAUGUCAUUUGUAGUACAUACAGUAAACAAAGAGACUACAUUGUGUGUCAAGUGGUUGCUCACAAGAGGUUAGAAACAAAGAAAAACUAUAAAACUGUCAGAAGUGGUCAGAGUUGCUUAUGAGAAGUGGUCAUUUACUGAUUUUGUUACAAAUAGUUGUGGUGGGUCCUGGGACUCAUCUUGUGAAAAAUCAUGAGUGUUGCAGUCCAGAACCAUUGAGUCCCAGUUCUAAAACACGACUCCCUGGGUCUUUAUGUGACCACACAGUUAAUCUGAAGACAGACUCCAAAACUCUGUAUUACAGUUUACUGAAAUAAAAAUAUACUCCUUCUAUUGUCAAGCACAACAAAGACUAAAAGAAAUAUGCAUGGUUAAACAACAGCCACAGAAAUCAUACAAAAAGGAUAUCCUUUGUUUGUUUGUUUUUUUUUCAGUACCCCCUCUCUUUGUUAUUGAGUUUUUGCAUAGAGUUGUGGACACUUUUACAGAAUACUUUAGCAGUUGCACUGAGACAUCUAUCAAAGAUAAUGUUGUCAUUGUAUUUGAGGUGAGGAAAAAGGGCGAAGAAUUAGUCAGUAUUUAUUAUGAGUGUUGAUGCUAUAGGUCAAAAUUAAUAUGUAUUUGGUUAAAUUAGUAUUCCUACUCAUGAAAGAAAUAAUAAUAAUAAAAAUAAAAAAUAAUUACUGAUGGUCACACUUAGUCGAUUUACCAUUAUAAGAGUAUAAAUUUUUGUUAAUAUGUUGUACAUGUCAUACUGUAGUUGAUACUAGUGGGUCACUUCAAUGAUUGUUGCAUGUAUUUAUGUUUUUCUGUUCAGUGAAGGAGAAUACAAUGCCAAUGCAUAAAUGAUUAGGAAAUCAUUUUGAAUGUGACAGCUUUAGCAAACUGAAAGAUGAAAAUAUUGCAGAGUCACUUCUGGGCUAGUGAGGCAAAUGACAGAAAAUACCCUGUUGAGUGCACUCCUUCAUUGUUUAUAGUUAACAUGUUGUACCUUAAAGAUAAAUUUUUGAUCAUUGGUUUGUAGUUACUUGAGGAGAUGCUGGAUAAUGGGUUUCCUCUGGCAACAGAACCUAACAUCCUGCGUGAACUUAUAAAUCCUCCAAGCCUUGUAAGACAAGUUGUUAACACAGUAACUGGUGGAUCACAGUAAGCAGUUUUUAAUCAUUUGACUCACAAUUUUUGUGUUACAGUUUCCAUGUAAACUGUAACACUAUGCAAUCAUGUCAAGUCCGUAAUGUCUAUUCGUAAGGACAGCGAAUUCUGAAGGCCAGAUACAAAUAAUACAGUCAUUAUUACUGUAUGAUUCAGUUCACAAGCAAGGAGAGUCUAUUAUGCUCUAGUCAUUGCUUGUAAGUGUCAUUUUAUCAUUUUAUGAUUUUCUUUGGCAAAACUGGUUACAUUUCAUGCUUAUAUGACACAGCAAGCCAAUAAAAUCGCAAGUCCCCAACAGACAAAACAAAAACUGGAAUAAUGUGCUGUCUAGAGACCUAUUUUUUUUCUUUAUUACAAACAGCUCGACUAGUUUUUGUGCUAAAAAAAACUGUUAGGUCAUCAUGUUUGUUCUGCCAUGUUUGUGGAGAAGACAUCGCUAUUGUGGGUAGACUGAAGAGGGACAAUGUCUGGAGACAGAGGGUUAAAAACUCAACUAUGCAAUGAUUUUCAGUGCCAAAAACUAUUCAUGGUCUAGAUUUUUAUGUAACAGUUUUUCUCAGUAGAUACAUGUAUUGUAUCCAACGUUACAUACUGACAGUUGCUAAAUUUUUAUCUUAGUGUCAGCUCUCAUCUGCCUACUGGUCAACUUUCCAAUGUACCAUGGAGAAGAACGGGUGUAAAAUACACGCAUAAUGAGGUACCUUCAUUUGCUGUUAUGAAAAUACUGUAUUUACAGAGUGACUACUGUAACAGGGGUCACCUAGACAAAGUUGACCAAUUGGAUUACAGGAAAAUAACAAUACGUUGCGAGAGAGUUGGUUGUGGGUCAAUCAGCAGCUCGUAAGAAAACAAUAAGUUACUCGAGGUACAAAAGUAAAUUUUGAUGGCAAACGUUUUUCAAGAAAACAAAAUGUUUCACCAGACAUUGUUUUUCUAUUCUAAACUUUACAUAUAACACCAAGGAGACAUAUUUGUUUGACACAAGCUGUUAUUUUGUCAAUUUCUUUGCUACCAUUGCCACAUAUACUGUUUCACUUAAGCAGUUGAAAUUUGAAAGCCUGAAAAAAAUUCAGGCUUGAACAGGAUUUGGACCUAUGACCUUGUGAUACUUAUUUUAAUAAUUUAUUGUGAUUUUGACAAUUUUUUAUGUUCGCUGCAAAUGCGCAACUGUGGCAUUGAAAUUAAGUAGCCUCUUACAAAAGUUCUAUUCCUUGCAGGUUUAUUUUGAUGUCAUUGAGGAAAUUGAUUGUAUAAUUGACAAACAUGUAUGUAUGACAUGCUAUGAUUUGUGUAGUUAACAGAGUCGCUCAUUUAUAUUGCAUACCACAAAUAAAUUUGAAGUCCUCAUUAACAUCAUUUUUUUGUCUGAGUGGGCAUUCAGUUUACCACUUCCUUGUUUUUGCAGGGUUCAACAGUUUUUACAGAAAUCCAAGGAGUGGUAAGUUGAUAAGCUUUGAUGAAUGAUAAUAGCUGCCAUAUUUACUUCUAACAGUUAGUACUCUGUAAAUUGAAUUUAAAAAAAAUAGAGCGAUUGAAAGAAAAAUAGUAAAUGUUUCAGUGUUAGGGGCAUGUUAUGAGGUCUGAAACUGAGAAUAGUGAGCUUAAGCAAAAGAUAUAUUGGAGCAAUGCACAUCAACCUGAAAUGGGGCCUUUUCCCUUUCAAUAUGCAUUGACAGUACCAUAUUUGUAUCACUACAUGCACAUAUGUCUUCACUGUUGUAGACACCGUUAUUUGCCUUAAAAUUUGGGCAAAACAAUGCCCAAGAAUGCAAGAAAUCCAUUUUUGUUUGAAGUGCCUCACUCAAAAAUGUUGUUGCUUAAACUCCUCUAUGAUGUUCUCAUGACGUAAAACAGUGUUAAAAAAUGUGGUGAGUUUAAUGGGUCUCUUCCUUGUUCUGUCAGGUUUUUCUAGACUGACCCAAUUACUUUCCUGAAUAGAAAUAAAUAAUAAAGUUACUGAACAAUGGUUGUCUAUGGGCAAAAGUACACCUCUCUAAAACCUUGUGUCUCACUGAAGUUCACUUACUGAUAAACAAAAAGCUUCAUACUUCCAAAUUAACAGGUUUUCCUUUAUAACAGAUCGACUCGUGCUGCAAGCUGUCAGGAAUGCCAGAUCUGUCAUUAUCUUUUGUGAACUCAAGGUUGCUUGAGGAUCCUAGUUUUCAUCCUUGUGUGAGACUAAAGAGAUGGGAAGUAAGAACUAAUAAUAAAUAUUAAAUAAUAAUUAUAAUCAUAACUGUAACAAAAUUCUCAAAUCUGAUUGACUAUCAAAUGUCCUGAUUUCAGCAGUAUUAGGACAGUGUAAUAGGACUGUACACAUUGUGCCUGUAAUUGGACGGUACGCACCAUCGCAUGCACAUGCUCAACUGGCUUUUUUUCACUGUUACAUGUAGCAAAAAAACACUCGGAAUUUUCUUGUGUUUUAAUUAGAAAUAUCUAAAAUGUAACAAAUUUUGUUGUAGUUAUGAUUAAUUGGUAACAGAACUUCGUGUCGUCCAGUAUGGUCUGUAAUCAUACUUUUGAUUAAACAAAUCGGACUCCUGCUACACAGUCGUCCGAUGUAUAGUACAGACUGAAUUGGACUCCACUCAGUGCUAUUACCAUUAUUGUUAUUAGUAUUAGUAUUAUUAUUAUUAUUAUUAUUAUUAUUAUUUUCAAAUUUGAGAAUUAUUUAUUAAUUCUUAGAUUUUUUGUCUGUAUGCAAUUAAAAAAAAAGUACUAGUGUUCACAGCAAACUUGCUUAUGUAGUACAAUCCACAUCCCAUGUAUGCCUGACAGGUUCAUGUAUUGUUAUGGCAAAAAAAAAAGAAAAGUGGGUUAAAACUUAAAGGGUGCGCAAUCAGGAGUGAGAAGCUCACCUGUAAAAAUGCCAUGUUUUUACUAUUUUUAUUUCACCCUCAGAUUCUUGACAUUCAGUUCAUGAUUGGUUUCAUUGAAUAAGUUAAAAUUACAUGCAAUGGCUUUUACAGCCUUUAAUUGCCUCAAUGUUUUUUUUCCAAAUAGUCAACAUCAUGCUAUUUGAAUCACCUGAUCGGUCUUUUCCUCUUCCCUGGCACAUCCCCUGUGCUUUUUCACAUUUGUUGUUUUUUUUUCUUCUAUUCUCUGUCAUACAUGUACCUCCCAUGCAACAAGGAGCAUGAAAUAUCAUCAAUUUUUAGUAAAACAGCAGAUGAUAGCUAAAUCUUUUGUUGAUGGAAAAAAACUAUUUCCUUGCAGAGUGAGAAGGUCUUGUCAUUUGUUCCCCCUGAUGGAAAUUAUAGACUUUUAUCCUAUCACAUAACCUCUGGGUAAGUCUUGCUCUUUUGUUUUGUUAAUUAUUCAAGAAGAACUCACAAGUUAAUCCACAGUUUCACACUUCUUGUGAAUCUUUUGAACCUCUAGGCUUUGAAGGCAGGACUGAAAAUACUGUUUUUGUGAUCAUUUCAUUUACUUCUAGUUUUUCUAGUUUGCUUUGACUGCACCAAUAUGUGGCAUGUACAAAAUGCACUUUUGAACAUCUAAGCUUUCAAGACAAGGCUGAAAAUACAGUUUUUGCAUCAUUGCAUUUACUUCUAGUUUUUCUAGUUUGCUUCGACCACACUAAUAUGUGGCAUGUACAAAAUGCAUGUCACAGUUAACAAGUGCAGGUUAGAGUACAGGUCACCGUGCUGCGGUAAAUAAAAUUAAUGUUACAGGUCAAAAUAAAAUCAUCCAUGAAUUAGGGCUUGGAGACAAAGGAAAUGAGAAUCAACCUAGGUUGAAAAACUUUAACAUGAAUUUAAUUUUGACCUGUAGUUGUAAACAACAGUAAAGGUGUCUCCUAGUCCUAUUAUCAUCACUAUCUAGACAAGAGUGUUCGCUUAAGUGGAAACCGUCUAACUCAGUGUAUUUAUCAAUAGAGCAUUGACCUGUGACCUAUGUUUUAUACUUGCCAACUAAUGUGCUGUAUUUUGUUGCACAGAACUGUUGCAAUUCCUGUGUAUGCAAAACCCCAAAUAUCUUACCAUGAGGUAAGUCAAAUUCUGUGUGUUAACAGGAUAAGAAAAAACUACAGACUUUUCAACAUCAUUAAUUGCUAGCAUGAUCAGCAAGGUUUUGUUAUUGCUUGAUUUCAACAAUCUCAAGAUUAAGAAUCAUGUUUACAGCAAAUGGCUAAUGUCCGUUCAUGGCAUCAUGUGACAAAAAUUUACCCUUUACUUAGCCUGCGAGCAAGCUCUCCUAUUUGGGUGAGUGAGAACAUGCGAGAAAGUGGUGAAGACACAAAGGCCUCUCCCCCCCCCCUCCUUUCGCAGCUCCUCUGGCGUGUCUCUGGCGUGCCAUAUCCCCCAAAUGGACAGCUUGCUUGCAGGCUACCCUUUACUAGUCGUUUACUGUUCAACUUGAAUCUGAGAAAUACCAUUUGCCAUAAAUGUGGUUCUAAAUCUCUCUCAAAUCUAAAAUUCUGGAUACUACGUGUACAUGUAGUUAAGAAAAGUUUGGGAGGAGAUAAACAUCUAUGCAACUUGUAAGUUGUUGCAACACUAUCAGUUUGUCUAUUUUUUUCACUGUCAUAGGGUGGUUCUGGAAGGUUUGAACUUACUGUUGGUCCUAAACAAACAAUGGGAAAAACAGUGAGUAUAUGGUUUUAAUGUUUGUUAAUGCAUUUUAAUGCAGUUUAAAGGAGUUAAAACAAAGAGCAUUGUAACUGCAUUUUUUAGUGAUUGUUUUGUAAGUGCAUAGAGUGUAAUAUACUACAUUGUUCAUGUGACAUAUAAAUGUUUUGGUAGCAUGAGGCAUUUCUUCAAGGAGCAUUCUUUAGUACACUGUAGGUGCCCAACACGGACUUUUACUGACAGUAAUUUGGAAUGUAAUACAGAUUGCGUGGAUUGUGGGUGUUGGGGUGGGGUGCAAAAAGCAAUCAAAUUCUUUUAAAAGAAAGGACUUUAUCCAAUCAGAGUGACCACCCGCAUUUUAGAUUUUUAUUACAAGCAUAAUGUUUCUCAAAAGUUCAUAAUUCAACUCUUCAGAUACUGUAAAUCCUCUAUUAAGCCUCCCUUCCCUCCCCCUUAUUUUUCUUCACUAAUAAAUGAUAGACUGUAUUAACAAAUCACAACUGUAAAACUUUGUGGGGACUGAUCUGGGAUGGUUUAUUUACUAACUGGAAGUUCUGAUUUGAUUCUGAUCCUUGGGUUCAUGACCUCCAACCUUCUUGUACUAGCUUUUCCACUUUGUAUUCUAGUUCUUUAUGGAGAACUAAUACCAUCGUCUUUUCUAAAUUACAUAAGCGCCCCCCUGCCACUCAAAUAAGCACCCAUCUCCAUUAAGCCCCCCACCCCAGGAGCUUAAUAAAGGAUUUACGUAUGCUUCUAAACAGCCCCUGGGUUUGCCUCCUGUCAGUCAGAACUCUGAAUAAAUUAUGUUCUUGUAUAAAAACUAAAAAAAGAAUAGGGUCAAUACCCCAGCCAUCUUCACUGAACAAUGUUGUUCAAUAGAGGAUUUGUUACAUGGUCCAAACAACACCUUAUGGGACAAAUCAGGAGGCCCAUCUUGCCAGCUCUGGUACUCAAGCCAAUCAGAACUCAGAUUCACCCCCUCUUGCCUGAUUAUGGAGCUAGCCAUAAUUUUAGUAAAUCUAGUUAUGAUGCAUUGCCAUGCAAUAGCAAGUGGAUUGGUUGGUUCAUAAUUUUUCAGGUGGAAGAUGUAGUUGUGACAGUUCCUUUUCCUAAGCAAGUCUUGAAUGUCAAUCUUACCCCCUCAGGUGAAGUAUCCAUUUCCUAUGUUAUACAGUUAUUUAGUUACAAAUAGUUAUGGUGAGUCUGGGACUCGUCUUGUAAAAAAAUCGUGAGUCUCAGUUCAGAACUAAGAGUCCCAAAAAUCCGAAAUUGAAAUGCUUUGGCCUUUUUGUAACCAGACGAUUAAUCUGGAGACAGAUUCCAAAACUCUGUAUUACAGUAUACUGAAAUUAAAGUAUAGUUCUUCAAUUUAAAGCACAACAGAGGCUAAAAGAAAUAUGCAUUGUUAAAUGACAGCCAUAAUAACUGCCAUAGAAAUUACAUGAAUGGGAUAUUUCUUCAAAUAUACAUGUUCAGAUCGAUGUAUCGAUCUUUGCAUCCUAUUGGAUGCAUGCCAUGAAUUAUUUUGCUUCUUUGGGGAUUUUUAUGCAUCAGGGAUGCAGGACGCAGAGGGAGCUUUCCAUUCAAGCCAAAAUUGCAGAAAUUUCGGUUGGUUGGAACAGACCAUUUCGGUUUGGUCCUACUGGAAUAUUGGGGACCAGCUUUGAAGGUGGUCCACUUUGACCGGUCCAGUUAUCUUGUUCGGUCGGACCGAAAUGUCCCUUUCCAUUUGACAAAAUUGUUAUCCCCAGUACAGCUCUUUUGUAUCCUACUUACAAGAACAAUAACAAAAUGCGCUGUGGUGUAGUCUGUGCAACUGGAAUGUAGUGGAAUUUUUGUUGAAUGGAAAGUGCCCCUGGUAAGCGUUCCAGGGUCCCAGCAGCAUAGACCUACCCUAAAAUUCUUAAAACUCCCCCCCCCCCCCCCCCCACGUCGAUCUAAUUAAAACACAAAAACGACUCCAUCAACACCAGGUAAAUUUAAAAAAAAUAGUACAAAUAAAGUUUUGUCAUAACGAGUCUGACAAGUCUAUUGCUAAAAAAGAUUAUGACUAGUUUAAAAAAUUAGCACUGUUGUUAAGAACAAUAAAAUAAUCUACAAAGAAAAGAAAUCAAUGUGGGUUGGGUGUGUUUGGGCCACUGGAAAGGAUGUGUAUUUUUUGUAAAAGAAACGGGCCCCCCACAACCCGUCCCAGGCCCCACCCCCAACACCCCCCCCAAAAAAUCUCAAAACCCCCCCCCCCCCCCGCCACUCGUGCAUCUAAUACCAAGACACCAAGAAGUCAAGAAGUACCUGGUAAGUUAAAAAAAUAUUGUGCAUCUAAGGUUUAUUCAUAGACCGACUGGAAGGUGCCUGACUAAGACAAUAUAUGAGUGGUUUAAAAAAUUUGCGCAUUGUUUAGAAACACUGAAAUGAGUGAAACACUCACAUUCAUUUCUUUUUUUUUUAAUAUUUACUGGGUAAAUAGUGUUUAAUUUAUUGUUCUUAUUUAGAAAUCUUUCAUGAAAAACUGCAUUCAUGCCAUGCAGUGGGUAGGCUUUUUGCGUCUGUCAGAUGACUAACUUUUUAGAAUGAUCUUAAUUUUUUUUUUCUUGGAAUACUUAGCAUCCAGUUUAUAGUUAUCCAGUGCUUACACAUUACUUGUUGCAAAGGCUCUCAUUGAGCACUAAUUGUACAGUGUACUUAUCUUUUCAGUUGGUACAUGUUCUUUUGAUCCUGUCAAGAAGGAGCUUGUAUGGGAUGUAAGUUCAGUACUUACAAUACAUUUAUGGUAUUUAAAAAUGUACUUUAUUUUAAUGUUAAUGAAUUCAGCACGCAAGUACUAAUUAUUGUAGAUGUGGUCGCCAUUUCUGUUGGUCGUCCAAGCCAUGCAAAGGUCAAUUCGUUUCCAGAGCAAAGAAAUUACCUUGGUCCUCAGUUACUUUUAGAGCGCUUUCCAUUUGUCAGAACUGACUGGCCAGCCCAUUCCAACCGUAAUGUGAAUUUUACUUUUAAUCAAAACUAACCAUCAACAUCGGUCAAAUCCUAAAUAUUAUGUUCAAAAGAGAUGUUUUUUCAGCAAAACCUCUUUUUCGGCCCCUCGAGCCUCAGUUUGGUCUAAAAAUAAGGGGGUGCUGGCCCCCCGGGCCCCUCUCCUGGAUCCGCUACUGCUUUUUUGUUGUUGGGGGCGGGGGGGCGAAUUUCAACCCAGUUUUCCACGCAACCUUGUAAAAGCCAAUAGAAAGGAAAAAUGUGAUGUCAUGUUACCAUGGUACCAUGGUAGCAAAAUUUAUGGUUCACAACAAUAGGGUGCUUGAGAAACGACGACGGCAACGGCAACGAGAACGGCAAAAAAGCGAUAGGUUUAUGUUAGCAAAACAACAACUUUGCACGUCACAUUUCGUAACCGUCGUGGCACAACUGCUACAUUUGCGUGUUUAUGCGUUGCUUGUUUUUUUGCAAGGUACCUUCGCUCGUCUUCUGACAAAUAGCGAUUUGUUAUUGAACCCCUUAACUAGGAUUUUUAUUUUUUUGUAAAGCGCUCAUUACUGAAAAGUAUGGGCGCUAUAUUAAAUAUUUUAUGAUGAUGAUGAUGAUUAUUAUUAAACUUCCAAAAUUCACACGCCCCCUUUAUGGAGUAGGUGAACACAACUCAAAAAUUUUCUUUUUCUUUUUCUUAAUCCUAAAUUCGGUCCUUUUGGAUUCAACCGCAGAAAAUUUUGCCUACAGUUGUACAAAUUAAAUAAAAUUGAAUAAGAUCGAUGAACUUUGAAACAGUACGAAUACUUUUUCAGUGACAUUUUCAGUUCGUUUUCAUCCAGAAAUUUUGGUACCAUGGCAAAGUGGCGUAACGACUUCUCCUCUCACUUUGAAAGAAGUAAUGACAUCCCCAAAACAGACCCAUGGUGCAAUUUUGUUCAACAUUGACCCAUCUCAUGUGUUACUUUUUUGUGGCCAAUAGCGAUACUCGCGCUAACGUCACUUAUUGAUAUUAAUGUGUCAACUAGAAGCGCACCAGUUCUUUGUUUCACUCGUUAUGCAGGUCAAUAACAAAAGCAAUGUUUGUAAACGGUUAGUAUUGCCUGAAGCAAACUUUGGACCAAUGGCAAUCAUGAGUUUCUUGUACGCUUCUUGCCCAUCUUGUCUUUCAAGUUUCUCGUUUUUGGUUCAUUAAUGUGGUUGACCGAAUUGAUUAAUUUGGUUUUAGGUUUUAUGGCACUCUUGCCAGGAAGAAAAUAAAAUUGUUAUUUUGUAAUCUCUUUGCAGAUUGGUAGAAUAUUACCUCAGAAGUUACCCAAUCUGAGAGGAAAUGUAAGUGUAACCCAUGCAUGUCUUUUAAUAGUUAAAACUGAUAGCCUGCAAAUGCAGACGUAUUUUUGGUUGUCGCUUCUCUCCGCCCGAGCGUCGCCCGGAAAUACGUCUACGUUCGUAGGCUACUUAACCUUAAGCACUUUAAGAGUACCAUAAAAUUCCCAUUAUAACCCCACUCCCCUCCCUUCCACUUACAAUUCCCACUGGUUUUAGACCAUCUAUUUCUAAGCAAAAUGUUUUUUCGCUAAUACUAUAUACCACAUACUUUCAUAUUGGGGUGACUUCUUGAUAUCAUAUCGCGUUUACAUGUCUGCGUCUUUUUUCUUCGUCCCAUGACCAACAUGACCACGUCAUCCUGAAUUGACGAAAAUUACGCCUGCGCUAGCCGUUCCACUGGGAGUCUGAUUUCACAAUGGGAUUUCGCACUAGAACGAAUCCAACGACGACGACGCCAAUUAAAACGUCGCAGAAAAAUAGGCUUCGCAUCCUUUUAAACUUUCACGAUUAUUCCAAGUCGCCCAUUUACUUAAAAGAACGGAAAUUUGGCUGGAGCUGAAGGAAGGGGACAUCCUCCGAAUUCAGACAGAGGUAGUAACAUUUCAGUAUUGUCUUGCCGUCAUCAUUUUCGAGAAAACUUAAAAUUUUGCCAUUUCACGUCGUAGGUGUGCAGGAACGGCAAAGAAAUUUACAAAAAAGCGUAAUACACGUGGAGAGUGAGUUGUUGUUAUGCUUCCUAAACCUUUUGUGUUUUAGGCAUUCCCUUUGCCGUCGUCGUCUUAGUUUCGUAAUGUCCCCAUUCUCUCUCCGGUGCGUCAACUGGGGUGAACGAAUACAGAGACUCGAGAAAAAGAGAAGAAAACCGUAGUAAGCUUGAGCAGGUUCGAAAUUCGUCUUAGGAUGUACCGUAUUUAUUCGAAUAAGCGCCCAACCUCGAAUUAGCGCCCACCCCCUCCCCUUCUCAAUCAAACUCAAAUAAGCGUUCACUCCCACCCCACCCACUUGAGUGAAUAAAUUCUAAUAAGAGACUUCCCAGAGGACGGAGUUUUCUUCAAAAUAUUUUACAGAAACCUUGCUUUGUUACUUCUUCGCGUUUUGUCAUUAGCAUUUAUUGUUUUGUUGCAAAAUAAACAUACUUCACUUUCUGAAAAUGAUGAAAAUUUAAUAAGCGCCCACCUCGAAUAAGCACCCACUCUCAAGGUCCAAAAAUUUAAUAAGCGCCCAGGGCGGUUAAUCGAAUAAAUACGGUAAUCAAGAAAGUCCUUUGUUGAUUUAUUUUCAGGUGUCCCUUCAAACAGGCGUACCGCCUCCCGAUGAAUCUUGUACAAUCUCUGUAAGUAAGCAUCACAGCAUGUUUCUUUGCUUCUUUCUGUCACUCUCUUUCAUCUUUUAACAAAUCCUCUUGCUCGCCACCUGAAAUUUCAGGUCAAUUUUAAGAUCGCACAGUUGGCGGCAUCAGGCCUUAAGGUCAGCAGACUGGAUAUCUAUGGAGAGGUAAGUGAAAUUAGUAUGAGUACCAGCUGUUGCACUCGCACGUCUCUCGUGGGUGACACGCAAGCUACUGUAGCGCACGCCAUCCUGACUUUACCGGUAUAGCUUUGGUUUCAGCUACUUACAAUACGUAGAUUGUCCACAGCCGCGUGUGCCAGUGUGGAGCCCAGGGGGGGGGGGGGGGGGGGGGGUGGGGGGGGAUGUCCGCCGGCCCAACGGGGGACCAGCCACGCAAGGCCACGCCGCCCCCACCGUCGCCUUUUAGUGGGUUGUUGGUUGUCCGCACUCCCAGAAACUGGGGUGCGCCGGAGGGCGGGGGGGGGGGGGGGGGGGGGGGGGGGGGGGGGGGGGGGGGGGGGCGUUGGGGCGGGAAACAACAAAAGCCGAAAAAUAUUUUUUCGCCUGCAGCUCUUCACCUCUACUACCCCGUCUUUUUUAUCCGAAAAAGCCGAAAUUUCGUAAGUCUGGUUUCCCUGCGUGACGUUGCUCAAGCUCGCUAUCACCCCCACCACGCAAAACAGUUCUUGCUACACAAGUGACGGUUUCGUUGAAAAACCGACGAACGCGAAGUCCACGCGUAGCCAAACAGAGGCUCAUAUAUUACAUGGCAAAGUUCUUUAACAUUUGAAUACACGAAAAUUGCUAGUGGCGGAUAGUUUCCUUUCACUGUUUUGCCUUUGUGAUCUGUGGAUAGGCAGGAAAUUGAAUGUUUACUCACACCCGAAGGCGCACAAACACGCUGUCAUAUUUAGCUGACAUCUUACCAUCGUUUUCCUCUUUUUUUUUUUUUUAGAAAUACAAACCUUUCAAAGGAGUAAAGUACGUCACCAAAGCGGGGAAGUUCCAAAUCCGAGUUUAGAAAAUAUAUUUUAAUAAAAUUCUAUAAAUUGUCACCAUAAAUGAAGUAAUAGAAGAAACAGCGGACGAUAAAUAAAGGCGACAUUGUUUCGCCUCUUCAAAUAGAUAAUAUCGUGGAGACUUGUUCUAGUCGUAGUGCAUAGGUUUCAAGUGAGCCUGGGUCAGCGUUGCAUUAUGGGACUUUUUUUGGAAAUACUAUCGCUUUUGCUUUUUUAGGAAGCUUAAGGCGUUUUUGGGCGUCACACGUCAACCGGAAGUUGCUGUUUUAGCAUUCUUGGGUGAUAGUUUUGCCCAAGAACUUUGGACAAAUCGUCUCUAUGAGAUUUAAGACCCUUCAAAUUUGUUUCCGUCAGGAUAAUUUAAAAGGGAAAAGGCUCUCUUCCAGUUGACGUGAGUCGCUCAACAACGCCUUUGCUUAAGCUCCUCAUUUAUUACGUGUUUGUACAGGGGACUGGGUCAAAAUUCGUCCCUCAAACAGUCCCAUAGUUCAAUUCGCCGGGAGCGUGACCCAGCGUCACGCACAACUUUAGAAUGACCAA